AUGAGUUUAAAUCCCGAGGAAAUUCCUGAAAAUUACACAGACGAAAUUAUUAAUCAGGAAGUAGCCGGAAACAUGGCGACAGCUUGGCCAACUUACCAUCCGAUUCCCCCAAUGUUAUCUUUCGGUGUGCAUAAUCUAGGACCUUAUCAACAGGGCAAUUCACAUAGGACCACUACUGAAAGUAGUAUAAAACACACUUCCUACCAUCUAAGUGGGCCUACUCGGAAGCAGAGGCGAGAGCGUACAACUUACAACAAAGACCAACUGGCCAAGCUCGAGGCCGCAUUUGAAAGGAAUCGAUACCCCGAUAUCUUUACUCGGGAGGACAUCGCUCUAAAAAUUAGGGUACCUGAAUCGCGUGUUCAGGUAUGGUUUAAAAACCGACGAGCGAAAGCCAAAUCGUUGCUGCAGAAGGAAUCGAACGACGGGCAGCAAAAUGCAGCAUCGACAGUUCCCCAAGCACCAGCUCAGGUGUCUGGUGACGGUGUUAAUAGGGUUCGUUCUAGUGAGGUUAGCGGAGUUUUGGAAGCGCCUUCAAGCAACGUUUCAGCUUCGAAUUCUACUCUAUUAACACCGUCAAGUAGUGGGUCACCACAAGACACCCAGCUAAAAUGCAUUGAGGAGCUGGCUCAAAAAUACAGCGGAACCCCCGGGCCAUCAAAUUCUGGGGUGUUUGGUGGUCCACCAAGCCAUAAUUUGGAUCAGACUGCGCCCAUAGUCAGCCCCAUAAGUAGCCCCUUAGCUGUCGCCACCAGCAAGCCUUCUUCUUUCUCAAGCACACCUGCUUGGUCUUACCCCGGAAGAAGAGAAGCUGCUAACUGGUACAUGGGAAUGCAUAACUCCAAUCCUACUGGAUACAACUAUCCAGCGCUGGCUAGCCAUGGAGUUCACCCAAACUCUCAAUAUCAGACGAACACAGAAUAUCAUGGCUAUCCAGCAGGAUACUAUGGAGGAAAUGCGCCCCAUGUUUUGGCAGCUAAUGGACAAGGUCUGGACAUGUACCAUCAUUCAAAUCCUUACAAUGCGUAUGGAUUUGAAGGUCAGAGUCCAGAUCAGUACAACAUGGGGCGAUAGUCAGCGGUUCUGCUUUAGUAUAGUUAGAUUAGUUAUAGUAUUUAAGUAAAAUGGAUAUAGCAAUCUGUGAUAUAUUUUUAUUGAGGGAACUACUGAAUUGUCAGUGGGCUUAUCUGUGAUUCAUGAUUUAGGUGGCUGCCUGAAAACUAAUUUGGGUACUUUAAUUUCUCACACUCCAACCUGGAGCGCUAGCAAUAAACUAGUGCUCCGACAAGAAAUCCGUGUUCAUUCACAGUUUACCACACAGCUGGUUUAUGGUUCUUAUAAACGUGUUUCUAAUUUCAUAGUUCAGCUUCUCCAAAAGAAGCCCUUAAUUUCCGCUACUUUUUUCAAUUUGAGUAGGUUUGGGAAUAACGCUGAAUUUGUAAACAAACAUCUGAUUUUACUAUCAUUGUUGAAUAUUAUUCACAUGAUAAAUCGAAACUGACUCCGUUUGUACUUCUGUACUUAUGAAUUAUUCUGCCAUACCAUUUAGAUAAGCUUAUAAGCUACGUAAGGUAAGUACUGAAAUUAAUAUUAGAAUGUACGUAUGGUAUAUACGGGGUGCUUCAGUUUCGGAACACCGCGGCUCGAGUUAAUUAAAAAAAUUAAAGAAUUUCAAUCAAAAUCGACGUGUUCUGUUUCUAGUCAGUAUUCACCAAAUAUUCACAUAACAAUAUUAAAUUAAUUAAUUUGGAAACCCAAUUUACAUUUAGCAUUGAGCAUCUCUUGGUGAACGUCCGCUGAACUUUCAAACUCCUAAAAAUGGUGUCUUAAACUGAAACACCCUGUAGAUAAUUUUAAAUUAGUAUUUUGAGGUCCAAGUUGUUACAAACAGUUACAUUUGCGUACUUAAUUUAUUACAUAUUUGUGAGCUUUUUCAUGUAGUUUUCUAUAAAAAUAACUGUACAUUUUUCAAAAUUGAUAAGAAACUACAGCAAUUCCAAGUAAGUCCACAACUGAUUUUUUUGCUUUAUUGAUAUAUUGUUUGUUUAUUUAAUAUUUAUUUCGGGGUUUGUUUAAUAAUGCGACUGUGUUGUAUGUAAAUUAUUCGAUAGUAGUGAUGGGCAAGUCGGGACAUUUUGAAUAUUUAGAUCAUGUAGGGUCUCGGGUCAACAGAUCAGUUACAAAUACCAAAACGAAAGAGCGGAACAAUGAGGCUUGAUGGCAAGUCAAUAACAAAUGUAAUAAUGAUUAAUAUGAGCAUUAAACUUUAGAAAAGGUUACUUUCUUUUUAACAUAAACAAAAUUAAUUUAUUAGGCAGAUAGCAAUUGUUUUUUUGUUUUUUUUUUAAAUACACAUCAGAUCUGGACAUAAUUAAUUGAUUCUUACAAAAUAAUGCGCAGUAUACAGGGUUUCCCACCGACAGCGCGAUCCAUAUAUAGCAAACUACAAUUAGAGAAAACUAGCGACCGUCAUCGAUGUUCCCCCAAUAAAUUGGUACAAUUUCAGCAAAACCAACAAAAAUUUCAACGCUUUGUUUUAUUGGUUUGUGUUGUUAACGAUGUGURGAUUAUUUUCGUMAAACAUGCUA